GUUUCUAUAAUUAUGGUGGCUACGUUUUCUUAUAUAAUCCAUAUUGUGUAAAGAAAGAGGAUAACAGUAAAAUAAUUUUGUUCUUUUUGUUGUUGCUGUUGUCCAUGGAAUUUGAGAAGGCAAAAGUUGUUGUAGGCGGUGAUUCUGGAGUUGGUAAAACAGCCCUAGUUCAUUUAAUUUGCAAUCAACAACCUCUUCUAAAUCCAUCUUAUACAAUUGGUUGUAGUGUGGAUAUUAAAGUUCAUCUGUGUAAAUCGGAUCCAACAAAAGAACGUCCAUACUUUAUUGAAUUAUGGGAUAUUGGCGGGUCGAAUGGACAUGCUAAUACUCGAUCAAUAUUUUAUCAAAACUUACACGGAUUAAUAUUAGUCUAUGAUUGUACAAAUAGUAAAUCACAAGCAAAUUUAAGAAAAUGGCUAUGUGAUGUAUUGGAAAAACAAAUUAUGAAAAAAUCAGAAUCAGCUGAUUUGGGAGGAGUCAGCAGUGGAGGAGGAGCAACAACAACAAAAUCAACCGCAACAACAGCUGGAAGGAGUGUUGGUGGUACCGCUUUCUUAGUCAGCAGCAGCAGUAAUGGUGUAAAAGUCAACAUGACCACUAGUCAAAUGGCGAGUUUACUGCCUAUUCGUAGCACAGAGAACAAUAUAGUCAAUCGUUUCUUUUCACCAAUUGAAUCGCUAACAAAUAAUAAUAAUAACAAUAAUAUCAAUGAUACAAGAGAUCAAAUCUAUCCACCGGUCUUAGUAAUCGGUACAAAACUCGAUCUCCUUGGUCGACGUUGUCUACGAUCAUUGCGUAGAGUUACUUCACGUUUUGAUGAAACAACCGCAACGCCUUCGUGCAUGUUGUCAUCAAGCUAUCAGCAUCAUCAUCGUAAUGAAGGCGUGUCGCCUGAUAAUAACUACUCUUAUCCAAGUAUUAUGAUGACGCCUAAAUCGCGUAUCUCAUCUGUACAGUUUUUUGAAGAUACACCACAAUCAUCGUCAUCAUCAGCUUCGGUAGCCUCAUGGAAUUCAACAUAUCAACAUCAAAAUAUCUAUCAGAAUAAUAGUCAUCAUCAACUGACUACAGCAUCGGUGCCAAUUCCAGGCUUUCAACAUCAGCCACAAAGUCAGAGUGUUUAUGUAGAUUUAAGUGAUAGUCGUUUAUCGUCAAGUGUAUUAUCAUCAAAUAGUGGUUGUAAUAAUAAAGUAUGGAAUUUUGCUGCGGAACAAGGUUUUUCAGAAAUUCUACUGAACUGUAAUUCAGUCGCGAGUGUAAGUCCUGGUAGUCCACAGGAUGCUGUGCUGGAUCGAUUUUUCAACGAAGUGAUCAGCUAUAAAAAAAUGUUGUCAAUGUCAAUGAACUGUAAACCGAAAGUGAUUUCAGUUUACUAAAUCUUACUGACUUCCUUUAUAAAUUUGAUACUGGUCAAGGGUUUAUUUAACAUCUGGAGUAUUCAGUAAAGUAAAAGUUGUAGUGCAUAAUUCCUAGACUUGUUGUAUUCAUUGGUAUUGCCAGGAUACCACUUACUCAUUUUAUGCACCCAAAAUAUACAAAUCUCGCUUUAUUGAGGGAACACUAUAUUGCCUGCAAAAGUAGUGCGUCAGUUAAUGAGUUUCAUAAAUUCUACAGAAUUUUUUCUAUUCAGUGAUUACUGUUUGCGAAUUAACCCAGAAAACACAUUUCCUAUUGGGAUGUAACACAAGGCUGAAUUCUUAAACUGUCAUCCUUAUAUCGUUUCAAUCCAAUCACACGUGUAUCAGUAGGAUAGUCUAUAGACUAUCCUGAUGCUGGAAAAUAUGAAAAGAAUACCGGUGUUUGAUUAUAGGUGUCUGUGUUCUAUCUCAUGAGUAAAGCAGUAUAAUAUGGCGAUUGCUAUUGACGCUACGCAUACAUUUUUAUGUGGGUAGGGUUAGUCUUCAAGGUAGGGAAGCUGAAUAGGUUGAGAUGGCUAUGACACGUGAUGGCAUACCAAGCCGUCGCUAUCCUCGAGGGAUAAUGUUAGCCAGCACAUGUUAAGGUUCCAAAUGUGGUUGGUUCGGUCAAAUGAAAAGCUGGUAUUGGUUCAUAAAAUCGUUGAC